AUGGCGAGAUUAAUUGGAGUUUUCGUAAUUCUUGCAUGGUUGAUUUCUGGGUUGGUGGCAGCAGAAGAUGUUCAGGUGACAGUCCAAGGAGUAACUUCCAUUGCCAAAACAGAUGAUACUUUUGUAUGUGCUACUCUGGAUUGGUGGCCUAAAAACAAAUGUGAUUAUGACCAGUGCCCUUGGGGCCAAUCUGGAAUUCCAUAUCUGGAUUUGAAUAACAAGAUCCUAGUAAAUUCCAUAAAGGCGUUUCAGCCUUUGAGACUCAGAGUGGGAGGGUCAUUACAAGAUCAGGUGAUAUACAAGCUCGGUGAUGCAGCCAAGGAAUGCAAACCUUUCGCCACCAAGAAUGGUACUCUCUUCGGGUUUAGUGGUGGUUGCUUGGAGAUGCACAGAUGGGAUCAGCUCAACUCUUUUUUCAACAAAACAGGAGCCAAAGUAACCUUUGGAAUAAAUGCUCUUAUUGGAAAGAAGAAGAGUGCCGAUGAGAAUGAUAUCUUGUGGGAAGGUGACUGGGACUCAAAAAAUGCUAAGGAUUUUAUCAAUUAUACUCUUUCCAAGGGAUACAACAUUGACUCGUAUGAAUUUGGAAACGAGUUGUGUGGAACUGGUGUUUCUGCAAGAAUUGAAGCAAAACAAUAUGCGAAAGACGUGGUGGCACUGAAGAAAAUCGUGCAACAAGUAUAUAAACAUGAAAAAACACAACCAAAAGUGUUGGGUCCGUCUGGAUUUUAUGAGGAAACAUGGUUCAAUGAAUUCCUUCAAGCCACAGGGUUUGAAGUUCUUGGUGGAGUCACCCACCAUAUCUACAACAUGGGUCCUGGUGUUGACAAAGAACUGAUUAAUCGGAUUCAAGAUCCUCUUUAUUUGGAUCAAAUAGCUCAAACUUUCAAAGAUGUUUCAAAAGAUGCAGCUGUGUAUGCAUCCUGGACAGGACCUUGGGUCAGUGAAUCCGGUGGAGCAUAUAAUAGUGGUGGCAAAGAUGUUCAACAGUACUUCGUUGAUGGCUUCUGGUAUAUAGAUCAACUGGGUAUGACAUCCACUUUCAACCAUAAGGUUUACUGCAGACAAGCCUUAAUUGGUGGAAACUAUGCCCUCCUUAAUACCACAACUUUUGUUCCUAAUCCUGAUUAUUAUGGAGCUCUAUUGUGGCAUCGGUUGAUGGGACCAAACGUUCUCCGAGUCACCCAUGAUGGCUCUCCAUUUUUACGCGUUUAUUCUCAUUGUGCAAGAGAUAAGCCUGGAAUCAGUUUAGUUCUGAUCAGCAUGUCAAACUCUAUUGCUUACGAUGUCACGGUGGGUGAAGAUUACAAUCUACUGGUAGGCGAUUACGUCCGAGGCACAAGAAAUAGAAAGGUUGGAUACAGCAUUGAUGGGAGAAAGAGAAGAGAAGAGUACCAUUUGACUCCAGAACAUGGGAAUAUUCAAAGCAAUGUUGUUCUACUUAAUGGUACUCCACUGAAGCUCACUGAUUCUCUCGAAAUCCCACCAAUGAAUCCAAACCUUGUGGAUGCUUCGUUGCCCAUCCAUGUCGAACCAGAUUCCAUUGUUUUUGUAACUAUUAGAGACUUCGGUGCUCCGGCAUGUGCUGCCUAAUUUUUCUUUGAGUUUAAUUACUUCGUCAAUAAAAAUUAGAUUAGGCUUUUUGUUUUCUAGUUUCAAGCAAC